AUGCAGAACGGGGAACUUUUCCCCGGGGUUAAGCUCUUCUUCCAGCUAGGAAACUUCUUCAUCAUGGACUCGGAGACACUGGCAGUGAACGCCUACCAGGAGACGCAGCAAACGGCCAUCAGCGAGAUGCUGAAGAAGAACUCGCUCACUGAGACGGUCACCAGCAUCAAGAACAGGGUGUGCCAAAACCACUUCAACCUCACCAGGUCUCGACUGGACAACCAGAGGACCAGGCGACUCAGGCAACUCCUGGACCAUUCCAUCACACUUCGACAUGAGGUCAGACUCCUACAGCUGGAUCGACAGCGACAAGCACUGGAGGUGAAGAAACGCUUACACCCGGACGCCCACUUGAAGUAUGAGGACAUACGCCUGUGCAACAGAGAAAGACACUUGGGACUCAGCACCGCCCCGUGCUACCUGGACAAGAGACAGCAGUUCCCAGUGAGACUACG